AGACAUUUUACUAUUACGAAUCAUCGACAGUUGUCCAGUGGGAAAUUCUCUAAGCUCGGACCGUGUCGUUUUCCGCCGAACUCGGCUCGAAUAUUGUGUAUCGUGCUAUCGAAUCGAGCGCCGCUUUCGGGUCUAGAAAAGGGAGAAGAUAUUAAAUCAAUUGUUAAGUCAGUCGCUCUCAAAUUUUCGCAAGAUUUCAUCGAGAACUUAUCGUUGCAACGGAGUAAUUAACCAACAGAACGUGGAGGAAACAUUUCGCAUUGCGCGUGUGAAGUGAUUGUUGUGAGUUUCCCGUACCAUCGAAGUUCCGAAUUCACUUGGAAUUGGCCAAGAGGAACGAGAAAGGAAAACGCAUUGUCAUUACACAUUUUUCGGUUUUUCCCGAUACGGAACUGGGAGAAGUUAGUGGAGUGUUUGGUUUAGUGAGGGAGACGUUUGAAACUCCGGGAACCAUCGAAAAGUGACCAGAAAAUGUCUGUGAUUGGAAUCGAUUUUGGAAACGAGUCAUGUUAUGUGGCGGCCGCCAAAGCGGGCGGCAUCGAAACCCUAGCAAACGACUACAGUUUGCGGGCGACCCCAUCAUGCGUAGCAUUCGCCGGAAAGAAACGUGUACUUGGUGUUGCAGCCAAAAAUCAACAGGUCACAAACAUGAAGAACACAAUAAGCGGUUUUAAACGCCUGUUGGGACGGAAAUGUAAUGAUCCACAUGUUCAACAUGAACUUAGUACCAUUCCAUAUAGGGUAGAGCCACGAUCGAAUGGUGAUAUCGGCAUUAAAGUGAAUUAUUUGGAUCAAGAUCAAACAUUCUCGGUGGAACAAAUAACAGCAAUGUUACUUACAAAAUUGAAAGAGACAUCAAUCAGUGCCUUACAAGUGCAGGUUAAAGAUUGUGUCAUCGCUGUUCCCAUUUACUUUACUAAUGCCGAAAGACAAGCUCUACUCGAUGCAGCUAUGAUUGCCGGUUUGAAUGUUUUGCGAUUGUUGAACGAAACAACAUGUAUAGCCCUACAGUAUGGUUUUUACAAGCAAGAUUUACCAGAAGAUAAGCCACGUAAUGUAAUAUUUAUUGAUUGCGGACAUGCAUCACUGCAGGUCAGUGCUUGUGCCUUCACAAAAGGCAAAUUGAAAAUGAUCGCUAGCGCUUGGGAUCAAAUUGGUGGACGCGACUUUGACUUUGUAUUAGCCGAUCAUUUCGCCCGAGAAUUUCAGGAUAAAUACAAAAUAAAUGCAAAAUCAAAUCCUCGCGCCUACCUACGACUCCUCACUGAAGUCGAGAAACUGAAAAAACAAAUGUCUGCUAAUAGUACAAAACUGCCAUUAAACAUUGAAUGUUUCAUGAAUGAAAUUGAUGUACGCUCGAGUAUGCAACGUGCUGAUAUGGAGCAAUUAUGUGCACAUCUGCUGAAUCGUGUUGAUCAGACGCUAAGACGAUGCCUGAAUGAGUCGAAUCUGUCAUUGGAUGAUAUUCACUCGGUGGAAAUUGUUGGCGGCAGUUCUCGUAUUCCAGCCAUCAAACACUUAAUUGAACAGGUAUUUGGUAAAUCGGCCAGCACAACUUUGAAUCAAGACGAAGCGGUAUCUCGUGGAGCUGCCAUUCAAUGCGCAAUUAUGUCACCUGCAGUACGUGUCCGCGAAUUUAACAUCACCGACAUUCAGAACUAUCCAGUCAAAGUUGUUUGGGAGAAGGAUAACGGUCAACCAUGUGAAGUUGAAGUGUUUCCAACUUUCCAUCCUGCGCCAUUCAGUCGUAUUAUGACCAUUGCAAAACGUGAUCCAUUCGUCAUGAAUGUCAUGUAUGCACACCAAGUUCCCUACCCCGAUCAAACAAUUGGUAAAUGGCACAUCAAAGACGUUCGACCCAGCGAGAAGGGUGAACCACAAGAUGUGAAAAUAAAGAUUCGUAUCAAUCAAAAUGGCAUCGUGUUGAUUACGAGUGCUUCGCUCGUUGAGCGAAAAGAUCAAGUUGAAAAUGAAGCGGAGGAGAAUCAAGAAGCUGAACAGCAACAACAGCAGUCUCCUGAUCAGCAACAGAAUCAGGAACCAAUGGAAGGCGUACAAGAGGCUUCUUUUGAUAAUGAUUUUGAUUAUGGUAGUCAAGGUGAUGGUCAUUAUCAAGCACAAUCACCUACUGCAUCAUCACCUAAAGGACAAGGGUGGGCUCAACGGGUCAAGGGAUGGUUUACUUCGGAUGCAACCAAACAAGAAAAGAAAAAGAAAGUUAAAUCAAUUGAUUUGCCAUUCGAUGCUCAGACACAUGGACAUUCAGCUGAUGAAUUAACACAUUACCUCCAAGAAGAAGUCCGAAUGGUUGACAAUGAUUUCAAAGAAAAAGAACGUGUUGAUGCUAGGAAUGCUCUUGAAGAGUACGUGUACGAUAUGAGGGAAAAAUUACAGGAGGAAGGUCCGCUUGUUCCGUAUGUAGCAAAUACUGAUCGUGAAAACAUUUGCGCUCAGCUAAAUGAUCUCGAAAAUUGGCUAUACGAAGAAGGUGACGAUUGCGACCGUGAUGUUUACGAAACGAAAUUGGCGACAUUGCAUUCACAAACUGAUCCAAUUAAAUCGCGACAACAAGAAUACGAAGGACAACCACCAGCUUUCGAUGAGCUUGGACACAUGAUUCAAAUGGCACGCAAAUAUGUUGAUGAAUAUCGAUCUGGCUCACCAAAAUAUGAUCAUCUUACCGAAACGGAGAUUCUGAACGUAAGCGAGUUAGCCGAUAAAGCACAUAAAUGGCUUGAGGAUUGCCGAGCAAAACUCAUUCGAACCCCAAAAACAUCCGAUCCACCAGUGAAAAUUGCCGAUAUCCGCCGCGAAUGGUCGACAUUAUCGUCAUGCGUUAAUUCAGUCAUGAAUCGACCAAAACCUAAACCACCAACCCCACCAGCAAAUCAAAAACAAAAUGCCGGCGAUGCAGCAGGCCAAAAUGGUGAUGUGAAUAGUGGAAAUAAAACAGCAGAGAGCGAAAAGGAUAAAAUGAACAAUUGCACCGCUGAAGAUUCAACGAUGGAGGUAGAAUAAAAUCGCUUAGCAGGGAGGGGAGUACUUUAAUUUAUCUAAUCUACAUACAUACAUGUAAUAAAAAUAAUGUUCAUUUUCAUCCUCGUGACGAAGGUGAAUCGUAUUUUAUAUGUAUUUAAUUUUGAGCUGAAUAAAAGAAACUGAAAAAAGGGUAGCAGAAAGUCAAGUGAUUCGCCUAGUAAUAUACAAGAAAAGUAAAUAUAUUAAUUCUAGAUGAGAAAAAACACGAUUACUAAACACUUACCUAUAGAAAAGAUCGAAAUUUGCGGGCCGCGUUGAAUAUUGCGAUAUAUAUUUAUAUGUUUAUUUAAUGCUAGCAAAAAUGCGAGAGUGAUAAUGGGAAUGAGAGAUAUUGAUUAUCUGCUAUUAAGUUUAUCGUCCCUUGUUUUUGUUAUUGCUCUUAUUUGAUUGUAUUUCUGGAAUAAUUCCGUUCUAUCCCGAUAGAAAUUGGGUUAUUACAUUUUUCUAUCCUAAUAUAUUUUGUUGACAAAAAAAUUAGUUAAAUUCAUUUGAUAUAAUCUCGAAAUAAAUAACCACAGCUGCUGCAGAACCCCUUACUAAUGAACGGUUGAUGUAGAUAAAAUAUUUUAAACGAAAUGUUAAAUGGAAUAUCUUAAUAUCAGAAAAUUAAUGUUAAAUGUGUAUUAUGGUUAUUCAGCGCCGUAAAUAAAAUAAAAACGAAAAAGUAUAUAUUUAUUUCAUUAAGUUCCUUCGUAACGGUACGUUUAACAUAAACUGCAAAACACCUUGAGCUUUACUGCUGCCUCUCGUCUGAAAAACAUGAGCCAUCAAAAAACAAGAGUACGAAGGUUAUAAUCGCUCCACUACUGAUGACACAUGCCUUUAUAGAUAAAAUACAAAAAUUAAUUUUUAUUGUAAUUUAAUGUUUCUAUAAUUAUCUUCUUUCUGUUCCCCAUGAAUUUCAGUAGAAGUAAAAAGAAAUAUGAGAACAAUCUACUUUUCUGCAAUCCACUCCUUGUGAACUUAUUUUAUUUCAAUAAAAUCUCAGUCAUAGCAAUUCAAUCGCGAUAUCUGUC